UGUAAAACAUAAGAUGGCUGAGAACAUGAAAAACAAAAUAGUGUUAGACAAUUCUAAAAGAGUCAUAGAACGAAGUAAGUAAAAAUAAACAUUUUUAGAUUGACAGUAUACGUUUUGUAAUUGAAGUUACAUUUUAAAAGUAUAAGUAAAUGUGUUUUUUCCCGAUGAAAUCGUGGACACUGAACAUAGCAUGCGGAGUGUUAAGUCCCUCCCCGCAUUUGACAAACGCGCACGCACCUUGUGCUUGUAAACAGAAGCUCACACGUGACACGGAGAGCGGAGCCGAGUCGCGCGACCGUAUUGUCUGAACGGACAAAGAAGCGUACUGUGAGCGCGAGCUUCGGCCAGGUGAGCGGCCAGGUGUUAUGGCAACCGGCGUUAUGUGCGGCAACACGAAGCCGAGUUUUUGCUCUUUUACAGACCGAGGUCUGGGAACGCGUUCGGUCGCUUGAACUUAAUGUCUGAACCGCAAAUCCUUGAGCUCGGUGGGAGAACAUUGUUGACUGCGUUGUCGCUGCGCUCACGCACACAGCUGGUUUACUAAACUGGAGAGCCUUUGUUGUUCUGCUAAAUCUCGCUGUUAAGGAUUUUUUGCCCCCCUCACCCUCUGUCGCUGUCGUCAACUAGCAGUAGCCUUUAGCCUCGACGUCGGAACAAAUUUAUUUCCGAAUAACCUCAAUCUGUGCAUUCAGCGGCCGGAUGAGAUGUCAUUCGCCAUGGAGGAUAAUUUGGAGUCCGGAUGGGUGUCAGUCCGACCCAGAGUGUUCGACGAGAAAGAGAGGCAUAAAUUUAUUUUCAUCGUGGCCUGGAACGACAUCGAGGGAAAGUUCGCCAUAACCUGCCACAACAGAACCGUCCAGAGACGGAGCACUUUUCUGGACUUGGAUUGUAGCCCCGCGGCUGCGCUUCCUGUCCCCGCUGCUGCUGCUGCUGCUAAAAGUCCGGCCAAAGCGAAGAAAGACGAAGCCUGUCAAGCUGGUAAACUUAGACCGCACUCUGUCCCGACAGGAAAACCCGCAACAAACACCAGAGCCGGAGACAAAAAGACUGUAAAAGAUGAUAGCUUGAAGGCGUUCGAGUGCGUCAGCCUCACGUUAGGGUCCUGGAAUAUUGUUACACCGAAGGAGAUGGACAUGGAGAUCCUGGACGUCCCUUCGUCUCCCGAGGAUGCGGACCCGGGAGACGGGGAGCUCAGCCUCCGGGAGGACUUCAGCUGGGCCGGCCUUUUCUCCUUCCAGGACCUGCGGGCGGCCCACCAGCAGCUGUGCGCCGUCAACUCGGAUCUGGAGCCCUGCUUGCCCCUGUUCCCGGAGGAGCAGUCCGGCGUGUGGACGGUGCUGUUCGGCGCCCCGGGGAUGUCGCAGCGGGAGACGGACGCGCUGUGCUACCAGCUGCAGGUGUACCUGGGUCACGCCCUGGACACCUGCGGCUGGAAGAUCCUCUCCCAGGUGCUUUUCUCCGAGGGCGACGACACGGAGGAGUACUACGAGAGCCUGAGCGAGCUGAGGCGGAAAGGCUACGAGGAUGCGCUGGAGGCGGCCAAAAGGCGGAUGCAGGAGGUGUUGGAAAAGCACAAGGCCAUGGACAGCAUGGUGGAGCUGCUGCAGGUGUACCCCGAGGAGGACGAGGCGUACGGCGAGCUGCUGGAGGCGACGACUCAGCUGUACCACUACCUGCUGCAGCCCUUCAGGGACAUCAGGGAAGUGGCAACGCUGCGGCGGCAGCAAAUUAAGAUCUGUCUGGAGACGGAACGUCUCGGCCCUCGCCGCGUGGAGAGCCUGAGGAAAGAGGACGAGGAGUGGCAGAAGAAGGCUCAGGCUGCCGUGCUCGCCAUUCAAGACCUGACUGUGAAGUUCUUUGAAACCACAACCCGAGCUCAGAAAGCUCUGUAUGAGCGGAUGCGCGCCGACCAGAGGAAGUUCGGAAAGUCGGCGUGGGCCACGGCAAUCGAGCGCAUGGAGCGGCUGCAGUACGCCGUUUCCAAGGAAACCCUGCAGCUCAUGAGGGCCAAAGAAAUCUGCCUGGAACAGAAGAAGCACGGCCUGAAGGAAGAGAUGCAGAGUCUGCAGGGUGGGGAGGACGCAAUGAUGCGUCUGGACCAGCUGGAGGCGCUGUACUACGAGCUGCAGCUGCAGCUGUACGACAUUCAGGCCGAGGUGCUGCGCUGCGAGGAGCUGCUGCUGACCGCGCAGCUGCAGAGUCUGCGCAGGCAGAUGAUGGAGCGACAGGAUGAGGUGGUCUACUACGACGCCUUCGAAAGCCCAGACGCCAUGAAGGGUGAAGAGGAGCCUGCGUCCCCUCCGUCGCCCCUCAGAGAUGAAGAACUGUGCGCCCUUCAGCAGAGGACGCGGCAACUGGAGGCCCGGAGAGGCCGCAUCACUGCCAAGAAAGUCUACCUCAAAAACAAGAAGGAAAUCUGUAUCUUCAAUCACAACCAGAAAACCCAGCAGCGCCAAGGAAGCAAUGUCGACUUCAACUCUCUGCAGGGAGGAGAAGCUGCAGAAGGUGAUGAAGCAAAGAGAAAUGUAACUGUGAGUCAGGAAAGGCAGAGGGCUCUGGACAGACUUCGCAACCUCAAACAGCGUUAUCCGGGUCAGGUGACCCUCCGGUCCAGUCGCCUGCGCCUCUCCCAGACUCCCGGCCGGAGGCGAGCGGCGCAGCAGCCCAGCACCCAGGCGGUCAGCGUCCAGACCGACUCCAUCGCCGACCUCCCAGAGCUCUCGGCUCCGCCCCCGGCUGACGUCUACAGCUGCGAAGGCGCCUCGCUGCCCUCCAUCGACCUCCAAAGCGUGGAAGCGGCGCCCCCUUUUCUCUCGCUGCCUCCCCUCUCGUCGUCUCCGUCUCUGCUCUCGGCGGGGCCGCCCGCCGCGCCUCCCCCUCCGCCUCCGCCUCCUCCUCUGCCUCCCCCCCCGCCUCCUCAAUCGCUUCCUCCCUUCGAAAGCCAAGCGAGCUGCCCGACCAAGAUUCAAAAGUGCGAGUCUGAAUGCGCCUCGCUGCCGCUCGCUCCGUUUUCCCCGCGGUUCUUUGACAGCAGCCAGCUGCUGACUGCCAGGAAGAAGCUGAGGAAGACCGCAUCGCUGGACUCCUCACAGUGGAGGAAAGCGAGCUCGCCCAUGGACGAGGUGCUGGCCUCGCUGAAGCGCGGCAGCUUCCACCUGAGAAAGGCCGAGCUGCGCGUCCUGGGCCCCGACCCGGACGACGACAGCAACAACAUCCUGGCUCAGAUCCGGCAGGGCGUGCGUCUGAAGAAGGUCCGCGCCCGGCCGGAGCAACAGCGCCACCCCAAGAGCUUCCUGCACUCCGCCGACGCCCUGACCCGCAGCAUCCACGAGGCCCUGAGGAGAAUCAAGGAGGCCUCGCCGGAGUCGGAGUCUGAGGACGAAGGCCUGCCUUGCACUGACUGGGAAAACUAACAACGAGGCUUAAAUGUUGAACUUGGUUUUUUUUUGUUGUUGGGUUUUUUUUUAAUUCUACGCAGCCAAAACAGAGAGAAAAUGAGGAUCAUGAAAAGAGUCAAACAGAGAAGCCUGGGUUACCUGAAGGCGCCUUGGUGCAACUAGAACAACAAAAAAAAGUUGCGAUUUUUUUGGGGGGGGGUUGUUAUUCCAUACUUGUGUUUGUAAAGACUUGUUGUUUUUAAGGUGUUGCUGUUGCGGUUUUGGAGAAGGCACAACCUCCGACCUCCUGUUACAUCCGAGUCGUACUGUAGCUCCUUGUGAUGGGUUUGUUUGAAGAAGGAAACGUUUGCUCCUUUCUGCUACAAGAGACGCAUACUCUGUGUCACACCUUCCAACUUUACUUCACAGCAACUAUUUUUACCGCUCAAGAGUACCUGCAAAUCUCACAGAAGUGUCCCUGAUCACUGAAAGGAGCGGUGAGCUGUGAUAGCAAGAGAAAACCAUGGGGUCCAUUAAAGAAGGCAGGAAAUCAAAUCAUAUUAUUCUAAGACAAAAAUCAAUUCCUUUCGUGAGAACAACGUGUUUUAUUAACCUUUGAUUUCUGUUUGUUUGAAAUUCUGUUAAUUUCUUUGUGUUUUGCCCUCGCGAUCAGGCCGAACUUUACGUUUUACUUUUAAUCAAAAUCAAAAGCAUUUCGAGGCUAAAACGGUACAAUGUAUAGACAAUUUCACUUUAAACCGUAUUUGUUGUUCAGGGCUUCCCCAAGUCUAUUUUAAGUCUGGCAGGCCACCAGGCUUUAUUUGCCUGCCCACCAGGCUAAGUGUCGUUUGUUUAUUUUAAAAAGGUUUUUUUUUUUUUUUAUAUACCAAGAGACAGAAAGGACGGAUUGAGCUAUGUUUAUAGUGGAUGCAUUGAAUUGCGCCUCGCACAUUAUUUCAAAAUUAUGAUGCCUGCUUGUGCAUCUCCAAACUUUUGUAACUUUUAACGUUUUUCAACAUAAAAAAACAUGGCGGCCCAUCAAUGAACUGCCAAGGUUUUGCCAAGUUUUCUUGGGGAAACCCCGGUUAUUGUGACGUUUUGGCGCUAGCAGAGGUUUAACAAAUGGAUAUCAGCUGGUUAUUAGUUUGAUUUAUCUGUCCUGUCGUCUUCUAUCAACCAGCUGAUUAGCAGUGUGCAGCAUUCAGACCUGUAGGAAUGCUAAUUGUGACUUUCUAAAUCUUCGGUAUACCUCGAUAAGGCGGCCUGCCGAGCAUAGACGCUGUUCAUGCCAGCUCAGUAUUUUUGAUGAAAGCUGUUUUUGUUGCCUCCAUUUCAACAGUAAAGAGUCGUAUGAAUGCGUUUUUGAUGGCGUGACGUAAUUGGCUGCUUUUAUCGCCAUGCGAGACGAUGAAAUAUAAGAUUUACUGUUCUGUUUACUCAUAAUCUCAGCUGUGAGUUGAUUAGCUUCACUGGGAAGAAACUGAAACAUCAGACAAAACAAUUUCAGAUGUAUAGUUAUAACGUAGUUCAGUCAAAAUGUGAUUAGAUUAAAUGCUUUUUUCCCCCCCAUUCUGAUUUGAUGUCAGGUUCAUUGGGACUUCACUGCCCCCUGGUGGCAGGUGCUCAUCUCCUCUCACAUUACAGCAUGAGGCGUUUCCAAGAGAUGAUUUUUCUUUGCCUUGUUUUUUUUGUGUGUGUUUUUUUGUGGACUUUGUGCUAACGUUUUGGUGUGUGACUGAUUAUUUUAGUUUUAUUAUUAUUAUUAUUUAAUGUUUUUAAAUACGUUUUUUUUAUACUGAAAAUCUGUUUCUUUGACAAAUUAUGCAUCAAGUACUGUGGCUUACUUGCAAGAUAUAUUUUCUUUUCCCCUCUUAGGUAAGUAGCAGGAUUGUUUGCUGCAUUUUUUCCCCCCGCUUGUUUUUAAUAUUUGUUGAAUGCCGAUUUACAGUUUCACUUUUGGUUAGAAUUGAAAAGUAAAGCACAAUUGUAAACAAAACAAACAAACAAACAAAAAAAGAAAAUCGUAAGGAAUUGAACUCCCCAACAGACCAGAGAGAAUUGAACACUUUUAUCUUAGCAUAGCUUAGCGUUAGCUUCCUCCGGCUUUUAGAAGCUCCAACACAGAGCGCACUGUUUACAUCGUAUUACGUUAGCAUAUGCUAAGCUAACUGUGGCGUCACAAGUAAUCUGGCUCACAGACUGCCACGUGUCGAAGCUUCCGUGAUUUAUUUGCGUGCAGUUUAUUUUCCUGAGCCUCUGUGAAGCCGUCACAGCGAAGCGGGGUUUGUGUUUUCCAGUUUAAUGGGAAAAAAGCGACCAAGAAUCCAACUUGAUACUUUUUUUUUUUUUUGGUUGUUGCUAAACUAGCGUCCAGUUUUAGCAACUUUUGCACAAGACUGGCUUGAGGAGGGCAAACCCAUCACAACGUAUGUGCAAUAAUGAAGAUCGGAGGGGAAAAAAAAACAAAACUCAUUUUAUGAUUUAUACUGUAGACAAAUGUAAAUCAAGAGAAAUGUAUCCACAUGCCUAAAUGUAUUGAAGUAUUUAUUGAAGCGUCAUAUUUUAAAGAUGUUUUUAAAUGUACUUGAUGAUGUUCCCUAUCACGCCAUUCCUCUCUCUGCUUUUCCAUAACCAAAAAAAAAAAAAAAUCUUUAUUUUUUUUUUUCAUAUUAAAAGCACCAAAAAAAUCUGUCUUUUUAAAGUUCUUUCAUUUUUAUUUUUGAAGCAUUGAAGAAGAGAGACUGUUUAAGCAAUAAGUGGUGGCUGAUCUAUAAAACUUUAUACAUAUGGAAGUUCAUGUUGACCCUUUCAGUGGCUGAGAUUUUUCCUUUAUUUUUUUACCAUCUUGUUCGGAGUGUAUCUAUGGAGGACCAAAACUGACAUAAAACUAAAAGCAAAAUAUAUAUCUGUGUACGAACCAAAGCUGAUGUUUGCUCUGUUUUUUUUUAUUGAACUGGAGAACUACUAUGAUUCUCCAGACUGCAAAAUAAAGAGACCAAAGCACUGCC